AUGGCUACCGAAAACCCCUUGGAGGAUCGCAUCUCCUCUGUUCCCUUCGCGGAACAAGGUCCCAAAUGGGAUAGCUGUUGGCAAGAUGCCUUGACACCUUGGGAUCGCGGUACCGCCUCCAUCGCCCUUCACGACCUCCUCGCCCAAAGACCGGACCUUGUGCCGCCCUCUCAGCACCAAGACCAUCGCGGACAUCCUCUCCGGGACUCUGCGGGUGCUAUCCAGAAGAAAACCGCUCUAGUGCCCGGCUGCGGCCGUGGUCAUGACGUUCUGCUCUUGAGCUCGUGGGGCUACGACGUUUGGGGUCUCGACUAUAGCGCUGCUGCGAAAGAGGAAGCCAUCAAGAACCAAAAACAAGCCGAAUCAGAAGGUCUUUACAAGCCUGUCGACGGCUUGGAUAAGGGCAAGAUUCACUGGAUCACCGGCGAUUUCUUCAAGCAAGAUUGGUCCAAGAGUGUCGGUGAUGACGGCAAGUUUGAUCUCAUCUACGAUUAUACGUUCCUGUGCGCGCUGCCCCCAGACGCAAGACCAAAAUGGGCCAAGCGCAUGACAGAGCUGCUUUCCCAUGAUGGCCGUCUCAUCUGCCUCGAGUUCCCUUCGACGAAACCCAUGUCCGCCAACGGUCCCCCUUGGGGCGUCUCUCCGGAGCUCUACGAAGCCCUUUUGGCAGCUCCGGGCGAAGAAAUUGCAUACAACGACGACGGUACCGUCCACGAGGAUCCCUGCUCAAAACCUUGGGCCGACGCCCUACAUCGACUGAGUCUUCUCAAACCAACAAGGACGCACAAGGCCGGCACAAAUCCAGAAGGCGUAGUGAUGGACUUCCUCUCUGUGUGGAGCCGAUAG